GCUCGGUAGCCCCACCAUGGUGAGCGAGUGGUUGCUCUCCACAGAUGGGGAAGAAUGGUGGGCCAAGACGAGCGAGGGGCUGCUGUCCCCAGGAAAAGAGGAUUGGCCGGCCAUGACAAGGUUUGUCUGUGUAUCCCUGGCUGUCCUGAAAGUGGCUCUGUAGACCAGGAUGGCCCCUAACUCAGAGAUCUACCUGACUGUGGCUACCAAGUGCUGGGAUUAAAGAAUGCAGUGACCUAUGAUGAUGUGCAUGUGAACUUUACUCAAGAAGAAUGGGCUUUGCUGGAUCCUUCUCAGAAGAAUCUCUAUAAAGAUGUGAUGCUGGAGACCUACUGGAACCUCGCUACUAUAGGCUACAGUUGGGAAGACCAUAACAUUGAAGAACAUUGUGAAAGUUCUAGAAGACACAGAAGACACAAAAGAAAUUAUACUGGAGAGAAACCCCAUGAAGUUAUUCAAUAUGGUGAAGCCGUUGCACAUCAGAGUACUCUAAAAAUACAUAAAGGAACUCAUAUUGGAAAGAAACACUAUGAAUGUAAUCAGUAUGGUAAAGCCUUUGUAAGUCAUGGUCAUCUCCGAAUACAUAAAAGAACACAUAAUGGAGAGGAACCAUUUGAAUAUAAUCAAGGUGGUAAAGCCUUUGCAAGUCACAGUAGUCUCCAAAUACAUAAAGGAACACAUACUGGAGAGAAACCCUAUGAAUGUAACCAAUGUGGGAAAGCCUUUGCAAGUCACAGUAGUCUCAAAAUACAUAAAAGAACACAUACUGGAGAGAAACCCUAUGAAUGUAAUCAAUGUGGUAAAGCCUUUGCAUAUCGCUGUACUCUCCAAAAACAUAAAAGAUUGCAUACUGGAGAUAAACCGUAUGAAUGUAGUCAAUGUGGUAAAGCCUUUGCCCAAAUCAAUAAUCUUGAAACGCAUAAAAGAACACAUACUGGAGCGAAACCCUAUGAAUGUAAUCAAUGUGGUAAAGCCUUUGCAUAUCAUAGUUAUCUACAAAUCCAUAAAAGAACACAUACUGGAGAGAAACCCUAUGAAUGUACUCAAUGUGGUAAAGCCUUUGCAUUUUACAGUAAUUUUCAAAUCCAUAAAAGAAGACAUACUGGAGAAAAACCCUAUGAAUGUAAUCAAUGUGGUAAAGCCUUUGCUGAACAGAGUCUUCUUCAAAUGCAUAAAAGAACACAUACUGGAGAGAAACCCUAUGAAUGUAACCAAUGUGGUAAAGCCUUUGUAAGUCAUGGUCAUCUCCAAAGACAUAAAAGAACACAUACUGGAGAGAAACCCUAUGAAUGUAGUCAAUGUGGUAAAGCCUUUGCAAGUCAUGGUCAUCUCCAAGCACAUAAAAGAACGCAUACUGGAGAGAAACCAUAUGAAUGUAAUCAGUGUGGUAACGCCUUUGCAUUUUACAGUAAUCUCCGUAUACAUAAAAGAAGACAUACUGGAGAGAAACCCUAUGAAUGUACUCAAUGUGGUAAAGCCUUUGCUGAACAAAGUCCUCUUCAAAUGCAUAAAAGAACACAUACUGGAGAGAAGCCCUUUGAAUGUCCUCAAUGUGGUAAAGCCUUUUCACAACUCACUAAUCUUCAAAUGCAUAAAAGAACACAUACUGGAGAGAAACCCUAUGAAUGUAAUCAAUGUGGUAAAGCCUUUUCACAACACAGUCAUCUUCAAAUGCAUGAGAGAACACAUACUGGAGAGAAACCCUAUGAAUGUAACCAAUGUGGUAAAGCCUUUGCACAUCAGAGUACUCUCCAAAAACAUAAAAGAUUACAUACUGGAGAGAAACACUAUGGAUGUAAUCAAUGUGGUAAAGACUUUUCACAACUCAAUAAUCUUCAUGCACAUACAAGAACACAUACUGUAGAGAAGUCCUAUGAAUGUACUCAAUGUGGUAAAACCCUCGCAUGUAUCAGAAGUCUUCUAAAUCAUGAGAAAAAAUCAUCCUGCAGAGAAACCCCAUGAAUAUACUCAAUGUGGUAAAGCCUUUGCAUGUAUCAAAAAUCUUCUAAAUCACGAGAAAAAAAUCAUACUACAAAGAAACCCUGUAAUUGUAGUCAGUGUGGUAAUGUUUUGCAUUUCGUGAUAGCCUUUUACAAGAGUAAAUUUUUAGUUUGCAACCAAUCUGUUAAUAUCACAGUAAUCUUUGAGGAUCUGAAACACUAAUACCAGAGGGAAUAUGAUGAUAAAAAAUUUGGUAAAAUUUUUAGCCAACACACUUUUAUUCAGUUAAAAAAGAUUAUUUAUUCUGAACAAGAAAAAAAUCUGACAAUAUCAACAAUCUUGUCUAGCAUGAUAAUGUCCAUUUUUUACUUUGUUUGCACCUUCAAACUCAUAUGGACAAAAGCCCUACUGAUUUAAAAAUAAGUCAUUUUUCCAAUUAGGGAACUCUACUACUCAAAUAUAUUUAGUCUUGUUUGACACAGUUAAGUCAGCUCAGAGGUUUGAGAAACAGGCUAUUGACUGUCAUGUCAGUGCUGUGGGAUGUUCUGUAUGGCAAAUGUGUUGCUAAUUAGUCAAUAAAUAAAACACUGAUUGGCCAUUGGCUAGGCAGGAAGUGUAGGCGGGACAAGGAGGAGAAUAAAGCUGGGAAGUGGAAGGCUGAGUCAGAGAGACACUGCCAGCUGCCAUGAUGACAAACAGCAUGUGAAGAUGGCGGUAAGCCAUGAGCCAUGUGGCAAGGUAUAGAUUAAUGGAAAUGGAUUAAUUUAAGCUGUAAGAACAGUUAGCAAGAAGCCUGCCACGGCCAUACAGUUUGUAACCAAUAUAAAUCUCUGUGUUUACUUGGUUGGGUCUGAGAAGCUGUGGGACUGGCAGGUGAGAGAGAUUUGUCCUGACUAUGGACCAGGCAGGAAAACUCAAGCUACAUGUCAGGUUACAGAUAUCAGCAGCCAACGCAUGUUUAUGGGCAGGACAAUCAGUCUCUUAUUAAAGGCAUUCCCUCUACUAGGGAAGGGUGUAAUCUUCAUUUAAAUCAAUAUAGCUACAUGUUUUAUCUUAGAAAUAAAUUACUUUUAUCAUUGUAAAAACUCAAUUGGUAUAGUUUUUGAAAUUUCAUGUUCUUUAAAUGCAUUCCUGUUUUUUUAUUUUUAUUCUCCAGUGUUUCUCAGUCAUUUAGAAUGUCAUUUUUCUGAAGUGCUACUGAUUUAUUUUGUUAUGUUUAGAGCAAUAUCUCCUGUAGCCCAUGCUUGCUUUGAGCUAUGUAGUUGAGAAUUGAUUUGAACACACCUACUCCUGCCUCUGCUGCCCAGGGCUGGGAAGAAACUCCUGCAACCCUUCCAGGCAGGGCCUUGACUGGUCAGUGAGAAGGAAAGGGGUUUCUUCUUUUGGCAGUAGUUGAGAUUAGCAAUGUAGAAUCAGGUAAUCAAUUUUAGAUGAUCCGUAAAUGUCCUGACUGGCUGUUUUUUGGGGUCCACAGAUCAGGGCAAUCAAGAAUCUAGAUAAAAGUCUGAACCUAUAAUGAAGCCAAAUAACUGUAGUAACACUAGUUCAGCGAAUACAGAUGAUCUGGAUAAAAUGGUGUGACCCUGCCUAACAGGACUGUUAUUUUCCUCAUUUAAGAUGUUCAAUCUGGGCUGGGCAGUGGUGGCGCAUGCCUUUAAUCCCAGCACUCGGAAGGCAGAGGCAGAUAAAUCUUUUUGAGUUUGAGGCCAGCCUGAUCUACAAAAUAAGUUCCAGGACAGGUUCCAAAAGCUACAAAGAGAAACCCUUCUCAAAAAACAAAACAAAACGAAACAAAAAAAAAAGAUUUCAGUCAGAGAGAAAAUAUGUGAGUAAUCCUUGGUGUGUUCUCAUACAAAUCCCUAGUCUCUGGAACACAUGACUAUAAUGUAUGUUUCAUCUUUUUAAAAAUAAUUCUUUGAUAUAACUACAUCAUGUUCACAGUCUCUUUCCUUCCUCCAAAACCUACUCUUGAUAACCCAAUUGUUUUCUAAUUCAUGGUCUCUUUUUGCUUUAAAUAGUGUUAAACAGUGAUAACAGCUACUGUUUGAAUGUGACCUAUGUUUAACUGCAGGACUUCCCAGCUGUGAAGCAAUGGGUUGGCUACACUUGACAUAGAGUGUGUAAUGGAAUGUGCACACAGGACCCUGUGCCUUGGAAGGGGAACAGGAAGUGCUCUGGGAGAUUGGAAGCAUUUCUACUAAAAUACAAAUUUUUCAGACUAGGGACCUUACUGUCCCUGGGGUGGAAGGGCAGAGCUGGAAAAGUCUGUGCUGAGUCUGAGUCAUUUGAUUUUUCCUCACCCAGUAGGGAGAAGCUAAUGUCCUGAGGCCCAGCUGGGUGAUCCUAGCUAACUAGGAACUCUGGGGAGGCUUUGCAAUCAAGAGUACCAGUGGGAGGUGGCUUGCAGGUUUUUUUUUCAGGGUUCUGCUUCUGCUGUAGGGAGCUGUGAGAGAGACCAUAGGCCAUGUCAUGGUGAAUGUUGGGGCCAGUGACCCCAAACUAGGAGGAGCACUUUUGCUGAGCUGUCUGAGCCUCCUUGGAUAUAGAUUCCCUGGGGAGGAGGGGCCUCUGCCACCCUGGCUCUGGAAGGCUGUAAUGCUUGUAAUAUAUGUGUACAGAAUGCCAGUACUAUAUGAGCAAACUUUGGCUUUUGCACAUUUUUACAAUAAAUUGACUUUUGAAAGUAAACCCAUUGAAAACAUAGAAGCUCUCCUCAUUCAGCAAUGGCUCAGUGUUUAGAAGUCUUGGAGACCGAUUUGACUGAUUUAUGUUUCAAAGCCACUUGGCAGAUAAGUCAUUGUGUCUUUAGUUACAUCUGAAUUUCUCUUGAAACAUGGUAAACCAAGUAGCCUUCUAUUUCACAAUAUUUUCAUUGAGUUCACUGAUUUCAGUAGUUAUACUUGCCCUUAGUGAUAAAGGGAUUAGGUUAUAUUUGAGUGAAUGUUAGAGACUCUGAAAUGAUUUCUUUUGAAGGAAUACAAAAUAUUUUAAGAACUGGUGUCAACAUUCUUAUUGUCAUGUGUUUGUUGUUUUCCACUCCUGUUUUGAAUCUUAAUUUUGUAAUAAUGCUUACUUUUGAAAAAAUCAGCACACUGUUACCUUUCUAGUACUUUACUGUACAGCUUUUUUUUUUUUAAAUAAAGCUGUUUUCUUGGUUUAAGUAGCACUCAUUUAAUUUAUAGGUACUAGGGGGAUAUCAUGUUGCAGUUGCUUCUUUUCUCUCUAGGCUCAUAACUGACCAAAAUCAUAUUGAGAAACUCAGGGUUAUUGACUGUUUUGGUUUGUUAGCCUUUCAUUAGUCAACCUUUAUUAUUUUAAGAUUUCAUACAUAAAUAUAAUAUAAUUUGAUCAAAUCCACCCCUUAUUUCCUCCCCUUCUGUGCCCCUGCCUCUUUUUGUUUCAUCUUCUCCACUUCACAGUAUGCUUCUAGACUCACUGAGUUCACUUAGUUCUUGGGGGAGGAAAGGGUUUAUUUGGUUUACAGGUCCAGUUUACAGUCUAUUAUACAGGCAAGUCAGUCAGUAACUCAAUGCGGAAGCCUAGAGGCAGGAACUGAAAUAAAAACGCUGGAGAAAUA